UAAAGUCAGAGAAAAGCUGAGAGUGGCAGAAGAAAGUUGACACCGUGUGAGAUGCACUGCAGCAGCUACAAGGAUUAAUGAGAGAGCUUCUUCUCCUGCCUGCGAGGAGGAGAGAGCAAGCAGAGCAGGAUGCAAGAGAGGAUGUUGUGCAGCGGGAAGAGGAGUCUCUAACAGAGCUGCUGCUGCACACCGCUGCUGCUGACUGGCUGCUGCUGACUGGCUGCUCAGCUCAGGUGCAUCGACGGAGGGAAACUGACAAGUUUGACUCUCUGUAACACGGCGCUCACGUCCACUGUGUCAGACAAACACGUAUAGGAUCUACAGUCCACACAUACUUAAACACCUUCUGCACAUGCCCACGCUAAACGCAAGCAGAUCAGUGUGUGACAGCGUUAAGGAUGGUUUAGACCGGGACGCUGGAUUCCCCCGUUUCUUCCCGGAGGACUCAUUUCGAGGACAGGACAGGAUCCGAGUCUCCAACCUAAAGACCUCCUCGCCCUCAUCGAGAAGUGGAUAGAGAGCUGUCUGACUCCUCGUCUGUCCCAAAUGAAACCCUCUUAAGGUGGACGGGGUACAUUAAAAAUACAUGUCCCAGAGGAGCGCUGCUGUGGCCAGCUGCAGACCCACAGCUAUAAAUCAACACCGGAGGACUUUGAUUUCUUCAUUAUCGCUUCCUGCGGCAACAACAGAGGAGCAGGCAUGUUGGCGGGCCCGCUGACCUGCGGAUGUGCACCAUAGGAUUCUAUUUCUGGAGCCUCAUUGCUUUUACAGAUUAACUGCCCUCAAAUAUGGCCCCAAUCCGUUCAUUGCGCCACUAGUUUGACUGCUGCCGGAGGUUGUGCAUAUUCAAGCUUCAAAACACCCCGCUGUGCAUCAGUCCAGUCAUUUGAAGGCCCGCUGCCUUUGGCCUGUUUUUUUUAAAAGCAGUGUCAGCGCAAACAAACACGCGGCUGCAUGUCAUGACAGACUGAAAGUCAUCUUUGUUAUUCUCCUUUCCCAAGUUAGUGCCCAUUUCCAAGAGAGGGGAAGGGAAAGAUUGACAUCCAAAGCUUUCACGCUAAUAACCUGACAUUGUGCUUAGAUUAAGACUUCAAAUUUUAUUGCAAGAGACAUUCUCCAUGAGUUCCUGAGGGCAAAUCACACCGAAAUCCCAUUGCCCAGUGUUUUCAUUAGCCUGUCUGGGGCUAAUCAAGGUCCUCCAUCAUCCGAAUUGACAUUUCCAUAUUGUAUGAGAGAGAGAGUAGCCCACAUUAGCAUAUUCAUGAACACUGACACACUCAAUCAUGUGAAAUGGAAGACGUGGGGCAAACCCUGAGCCAUCAAGCUCUGAAACAAAUAGCUUAUGACAUGUGAGGAAAAGAGGAUCUUGAAUCCCCCAACGCAACUUCAGCACAUCCCAACGCACACAGGAGGAAAGUAAAACUUGCCCAUUAAGGAUAUUUCAUAAACGUGGCGUGUGUUAUUGGCCUCUGGACCAAGGAUCGUAAUAAGAGAAGAAUUAAAGAAUGGGAUUUAAAAUGGAUUAUCACUGCAACAAUAAAGCCACCAAAGCAGCUGCUGUUGCAUAAACGCAUCAACACUUUACGGCGAGCCUCUCUGCAGACUGAUUUGUAGAUUAGAUUUGGUUGUUGAUGUGGUGGCCUCUUGUGCGGUUGGCCUUUAAAGAGAGGGAUGGAGAAUCUAGAUGAGCUGGAGCACCCUCUUCUGGGAGAAAGCACCAAUGACAGCCGGGCGUCAGGGCCGGGGCUGGGGCCCGGGGCCGGACAGGCCCCUGGCGGGACGUACAAAGGCAUCCUGGUGAAGUGUGAGGAGGACAGGGCCUACCCUCCUUUAGCGUGGAGGGGCUAUUGUGGACAUCCUCCUGAGCUCCAGCAGCAGCAGCUCCUGGACCCUUGCUCCUUACCUCGCACACUGGAGUCUUUUUACCCACCGGCUCCCAUCUGGGGCCACUCAGACUCCCUGCUCAGCAAAGACUACCUGGAGACAACGUUUGUGGACAUUCGGCCCGGCUCCACGCUGGAGAGGAAGCUGCUGGCUGAGACGCAAGACUUCCACAGCGCGGCCUACAGCUUGGACGAUGAGGACGACCUGCUUCCUGACUCAGAUGACUCAUCCAUUGAUGACUUCAGUGAUACAGACAGUGAGAGCAACUUCCCCCUGAUGAUCCCUCAGGACUACCUGGGUCUGGCCUUCUUCUCCAUGCUCUGCUGCUUCUGGCCCCUGGGCAUCGCUGCCUUCUACCUUUCACAGAAGACCAACAAGGCUUCGGCUCAGGGGGAUUUUCAGGGGGCCAACGCAGCGUCUCGCCAGGCUCUGUGGCUCUCUGUGCUCUCCAUUGUGUUUGGAAUCAUUACGUACAUCUGUGCCAUCGCUGCACUGAUUUCCUACCUGUCUGGAAAACCACCAUAAAAGCACCUCAUGCACACGCACAACAACAGACUUCUUCUCACUUAUUUUCAUGAAUAUCACCUGUAAAUGUAAAAUAAUCACAGUUUUUGUCUGUCGACCCCAUUUGCAGUCAUGUUUCAUCGACACCAAGCCAGAGAAGGACAGUGAAAACACAACAGGAGAGCUGGUGUGUAGAUUAUAGUCACUUCUAAGUGGAUUAGGACAUAAUUAAGCUCAGAGGAAAUUCCUCGUACUGUAUGUGAGGAAAAAUCAUUGUAAAAAGAAGUUAUAAUACGAUAUCAUAGAUUCAGUCUGUAAAUGUGAUUUAUUUUUAUCACCUGAGGACUUAAGUUACCUGCCAUCCUUUAAAUGUGCUGUAAUCGUCAUCACAUGUUAUUGGAGUUAAAAAACAAACAAAAAAACGAAAAAAAACUGUGACAACAAAUACAGAUGUUAUCACUGUUAACACUGUAGAUAUCACUGUCACAAUGAUGAAUAAUGAGAAGCAGGAAGAGAAGUGAGGGGGAACGUGGCCUGGUGUGCCUGGGAGGAGCCGAGCGGAGAGGGCAGCGUACGGCGAUGGAGGCUGCAGAUUUAUGAGAAGGUCGCAGCAAGGACGCGGCAGCAGCUAAAUCCUGACAGACCUCGCUGUGGGAGCGCCUGAGCCAGCACUGUCGCUUGUGGGGUGGAAAGCUGUGGACAGUUUUAAGAGCCCCAGAGCUUUCGUCUUCUAUUUUUUUCUUUUUAAAUACGAGAGGCCGGAGGCCACAUUCUCUCUGAGAAUUUGUUGCAACCCCUUCAGCCGGAGCGCGGGGGCCACAGGAAAACAAUGCACAUCUCACUCUGAUUCACAUUCUGCAUCACUCACUGUUUACCUGCAGAAAGGACUGAUUCUGCUCUGUUCAAUGCCAAGUUCAAUAAGUAUCUUCAUGUUGAAAUAAACUAAAUGACAAAUACAGUUGCAAGAAAAAGUAUGUGAACCCUUUGAAAUUACAGUUUUUCUGCAUUAAUUUGUCAUAAAACGUGAUCUUAUUUGCAUCUAAGUCCCAAGUAUAGACAAACACAACAUGCUAAACCUAAUACCACAUAAACAAUUAUAAUAUUUCAUGUCUUUAUUGAACACAUCUAUUAAACAUUCAAAGUGAUGGUGGAAAAAGUAAGUGAACCCUUUGACUGAACCUAAUGACUCCAUUAAGAGCUACUUGGAGUCAGGAAUUAGCAAACUUGGAGUCCUUACAAUUAAAUGAGAAAUGAGUGAGGUGUAGAGAUACUUUGACCUGUAAAAAAUACUCAAACUUUUUGAGAUUGCUAUUCACAAGAAGCAUCUGCUCAUGUGAACCAUGCCUUGCAAAAAAAGAGAUCUCUGAAGACCUGCGAAGUGUUUGGUUGAGGUUAUUGCUGCUCAAGGAGGUUCGACCAGUUAUUAAAUCAAGGGUUCACUUACAUUUUCCACCAUCACUUUGAAUGUCUAAUGGAUGUGUUCAAUAAAAACCUGAAAUAUUAUAAUUGUGUGUGUGGUAUUAGGUUAAGCAUGUUGUGUUUGUCUAUACUUGGGACUUAGAUGCAGAUCAGAUCACAUUUUAUGACAAAUUAAUGCUGAAACCAGGUAAUUUCAGAGGGUUCACAUACUUUUUCUUGCAACUGCACAUAUAGUGCCAUUAUGUAAGAAGAUAAAAACAAACGAGGAGUUCAGGGUUUUUCAAAUGAAAUGCAAAGUCGUGAUGAUGUAAAAAAAAAAAAAAAAAAAACUGGCUCUAGACGUAGAAAUAAAGGAGCUGCUUCUGUAUACAGUGUAAGGAAAUGAUGACAGAGGGGUGCAGACCUGUGAGAAAAGUGCCAAAAAUAUGGAAGAAACUCUAAGGAUGAUUCUUUUAUGAGCUGUUCCAUUAAUAGAAGCAACCAGGCUGCAACUCCACGCUCUCCAAAUAUAGAUUCUGCUAGUUUCUCCUCCAAAAGAAAAAAAGAAAAGGCGACUGAAAUCCUUCAGGAACUUGCUUCUUGCAGUGUGACAAACUUGAAUAUGAAGUUGUCUACUUAAAGUUAUGUAAGCAAAGAUAAGCAAAGGGGUAAAAAAAAAAAAAAAAAUCAAUAAAAGUUGCAAAAAGUAGUCUAGAAGACAUCUCGGCGCUCAGCCAUGUGAUGCAUGAGUCAGUAAAAUCUUCAUUUCAGACACGACGGAAACCUGCACGGCCAGUUUGUAGUUUGCCAUGUACAAACCUGCUCCAUGCUUCGAUCACUUCAUUCAUUUGAAUAUUGCAAAAAAGCUGCUUUGAUUAAAAAAAAUAAAAUAAAAAAAACUCAAACCAAAAUAUUGGUCUGAGCCUAAAUGUGCCAUUGACAAAGCAGUGAAGAAGGGAACUCAAGAUAAAUAUUUUAAAACAUGACUGUAGGGUAAAAGUGGACAUUUUCUAUUUAGAUGUAUAGUUUUUAUAGAGUCCCUAGCUCAACUGCAAAUACUUUGUUUUCUGCAAACCCAGUGUUGUAUCAAGACUGAGCUGAUAAUAUAUAUAUAAUCACUCUAAGUGGUAAAUGUAGACACACCUGUGAAAUCUGUGUCUAACCCACACAGUGUUGUACAGUUCUGACAAUCCUGAACCUCCUGUCUCCACUGGACAUUUGUGUCAACAAAAAAAAAAAAGACCCUUUGUUGUUACAGCUGAAUUACCACAAUUAGUGAUUUGUAUGUGAGCAUUAAAUGUGGAUUGCAUCGACGGAUCACGCUGUCAAGAGACGGGCUCCAGUCAGAUUUGUCUCACUUUGUAACACUUGUAUAGAUCGUCAAUAAAAGGUCAUAAGGUUUAAGAUU